GCAAACUGAAAGUUAAACCUGGUUGAUUAGAAUACAGCGGGAGAGUCUCAUUUUACCGCGUGCUGUGCCUGCUGCUGGAAGCCCAUUGCACAAAAAAAAAAAGGGAACAAGGUAUGACCUAUUUAAUUUUUGGGACACCGCAGCCAGCAAAGGCUUUGUAAAAAUGUGUAAUAAUUAUAUAUAGUAUAAAGAACUUUUUCAAUGAAAGGAUUAUUAAUAUAACAUUAACUAUAUAUAAAUAUACAUAUUUAUAAGUUAUAUCAAUUGAUAAAGCCAUCGAGUACGCGAUCACACCCCUGCUCCGAAUGACCCCCAGGAGCGUAGAUCUGCCAUUGUGUUGAAAUCUUUAUAACUUAUUACAUAAUAUAAUCCCCUGAUUUUUGCGUGUCACUUCCUAAAUUUCAUCAAAUGUCAACAUCUGUGUAUUUGUUUCGAUACCAUGGUGACCGGUCAGCUUUCCACCAUCGGCACCGAGAUAGCAUCAUCACGAUUUAUUUAAAUUCUAUUCCAUGUUUGAACCAGAGACUUCAUAAUACCAUUUAACAGUCCAGGACUGCUUUGAUUUUAUAAUAAUGGAUCCAGAAUUUAAAUUACACAACGCCUAAAAACAGAGUUUUUUUUUCCUAGAUCCUCUAUGUGCAUUUUGGUUUGCAUUGAUGCCAUUGUAAGCGAUGUAUCAUUUAUGUGAUUGUAGCAACUGAUUUUUUGGAAUGGGAAUUUUUUUAAAAAUCAAACUAAGUGAGCAUGUAAAGCCUAAUAGACUUAAGAUAUAUUUUAACCCAUUUAUAUGUAGCAUAUAACAACAGCUACACAAUAAAUAUCCACUCCAAAACACGCACCCAUUGAACAAAUCAUUCAUCUUCCCCAUGAAAAGCAUGAAAAAGAUGAUUUUUCUGGGGUGGGGCUGUAAAGUUUAUAGAAUGUUUUGUCACGAUUCUGUGUGCCAAGUUUCAGUUCGAUAGGAUGCCGGGAAGUGGGUCAAUUAGCCGCCCGAAGAUUUUGCCACAAAUACGAAACAAAAAGUGAAGUUAAUAUAAAGGAUUUACCCAAAAAAAAAAACAAAAAAAAACUUAUUUACCCUCUUCCUGUUUCCCAGAAGGAGCCUGGCGGAAGUGAGCUCUACCUGCCCAAAGACAUUUCAUUAUUUUUUUUUCGUCCUUCGCAUUCGAAGAUGACCAAGGCACUAUUCAACUUGAGUAGUAGCCUUGACUUGAGCAGUAGCCUUGACUUGAGUAGUAGCCUUGACUUGAGUAGUAACCUUGACUUGAGUAGCAGCCUUGACUUGAACUGCAUUUUGUUUAAAAAGAGGGGCGAGUUCCUCACUCUCUCACCUAUUUUAUCCAUUGUCAAGACGAUUGGAAAUAGACCAGGAUUCAGUAGUUGACCAGCAGUUCACUAUGCUCUUCGUGGGUCCCACGUCGCAGCAGUUGUCGAAGUUUUCAUUGUGUCAAUGUCAUACCGCACACGGGACUCCAUCUCCGGAUUUGAUUUCAGAGUUUGCCUACUCUUAGAUGAGUUGCCAUCCAAGGUUAAAGAGUCCCAUCCACCCGGGUUGAUGUUUUUUUUUCUGUUUUAUUGCCCUGGCUUUUGCUGGGGGUUGAACUCGAGUCCGCAAGAUUGGGAUUGACUCAGUUUAGACCACUCGGCCGUCAUCACCAAAAGCAUCCCAAGGCCCCUCUCAUUAUUGGCAAUGUCUAUAUUUUCAGGACGGCCAAUGAAUUUCCACUGCUUACCUACAGCGUUCGCGUUUCUGAUCGCUGUACACAUCUCUCAUGCCGAGAUCCACUGUUCCAAUCCGCCUCCGGGUAUCCAGAAAAUGGUCAGGGGCGUUGACAUCACAAAGCUUGACCUCGUUCCCCUGGAUGUCAUCGGCACCAACGGUUUCAAAAGCCCCGUCCUUAACUUCUCCUGCAACAGUGGACGGACUUGGAGGAGCCCCACUGGUCAAGAAUAUCAACUUCCCGAUCAGGUGAGACAAACUAUAUUUAUUGACAUGUAAUUAAUAAUCGGGUUUGGGUCGCAGUACAGCCCGGGGGUUAGGGCCGCCCGGGGUGGGGUCAACCCCGCCCCCCCCCCCCAAAUCUUCGACGAGGGAAAACUAAAAUGCCCUUCCCUCCAUAUAAAGAAAAAAAAUGCCACCAGUUGCCUUCCCCACCCCCUUGCUAAGCCACCGGGUAUAGAAAGACUUAAUUAGACCAAAUAUAAUCAGUAGGGUGAAUCUAAGAGGAUAAGGACAUUAAUAUGACAAUGAUUCUUUCAGCUAAAGCGUAUGCCUACACUUAGAAUGCUAUUAGAUACAUUACAGUACAGCAGAGCGUCCAUUUUCCUAACUAACAGGGACUGGGGUUGUACGGAAAAUCUAUUUUGUCCGGAUAACCGAACACUCCAACGGAAAUGUUGCGUUAAAGUUAAAGAAAUUAGCGCUCAGAAUAAAAUCCCAGGUCACGUUCUCUUUGCAAGCGUGUUCUGCGAUAUUUAAUAAUUACCAACUUUGCAGGGUGGCAUGUCCCUGUUUCAGAGACGUCACGUGGUCCCUGCAACCCUGCGGCUGCAGUGGCGUUCGGAUUUUUAACGCGCCCAAAGUCGUGAUGUUGGAAAGAAAUGAAAACGACCAACUUUGAGUGGCGUGGUUCACAAUCCGAAAAUCAUCGUGGGGAGCCCUCCGAAAGUAGCGCCACUGCUUUGUCGAGCCUGAUCACUGCAUGUAUGGUAGUGUUAAAAAUUGCUACGCGGAUUGUGUGACAGAGGUUGGAAUCACUGUUCCCUCUAAAUUUUAGAGGCGCUGAGCGCCAAGUAUUUGCUCUGCUCUGCGCAGUGAAAAGAUUAAAAAAAAAAAAAAAGUGCGCACGCCAUGACAGUGAAAAGAUUAAAAAAAAAAAAAGUGCGCACGCCAUGACAGCGAUUGCGUAAUGUAAAAUAUGCGAAAUUAGCUAUUUUCGCCAGCAAGGGUUAACAACAGUGAAAAAAAUAAAAAUCAUACUAGUACGUGGAGGGAAAGGGGGUGGGGUGGGUUUGGGGUUUGCCGGCCCUGAUGGAUUCUCGAGCUUUUUGAUCGCCGGCAAUUCAUGGCGGGCCGCAUGUCAUGACAUGCCGCAUGUCAUCAUGACAUCUAAUAAAUAAAAUAACUCUAAAAUAAACGGUGAACGUAAAUAUGUAUUUAUUUAUUUUAAUUGAACACCAAUUCUCAAAUGAUAUCACCCACUCAUGGGCAACGGCAGGUAGGGGCAAGGGGGGGCACUUGCCCCCCCCCCUGGAUUGAUUGGAUAAAAAAUUUUUAGACACAAAAUUUAUUAAAGUAAAGAGAAAAUAAAGAGAAAGUAACUAAGCUGAUGUCCUGUCCUUUCGUUCACCAUGCAAAUACGCUACAGUAAAUUAAAACUAUAUUAAAACAUUACUAAACAUUUUUUGCCCCCCCCCCCUGGAAAGUUAAUCGAUUUUUUAGUUCCCCCCCCCCCUUAGAAAGUUUUCUGCGGGGGCCCAUGCACCCACUUCUACAAGGUGCUUCCACACACACGCCCAGAAUUGUAUGGAUGUUCAUUUUUAUGACAUAACUCUUUACAAUAUUUUACAUUUGAUGAUUAAAAGUGGGGUCGGCCACUGUCACCGUGAUCGGUGGGGGGGGAGGGGGGGAGGGAGGGAGACAAAAUCUCGGACGCUGACCGAUGGUUGUGUGUGGGGGGGGGGGGGCUAGCCCCCUCAGAAUUGCUUUUAUUAAUUAAAAAAAAAUUUUUGGAAGGUUUCCGUUUUUUUUUUUUUGUUGUAUGCCAAUGCCUUGACUCGUUAACCUUGGACGGCAACUCAUCUAAGAGAAGGAAACUCUGAAAUCAAACCCGGAGAUGGAGUCCCGAAAGGCGGAUAACAUUGAUACAACGAAACAUUCCGACAACUCCUGCGACGUCACUGGUGCCAAGCUGUAUCAUCCAAUGAUGUUCCCUUGGGUUACCCAGCGGCGUGGAGAGAUGCGAUUUGCUGUUGGGAACCAGCUUAUAAUCCUUCAAGUAUAAUAAUCCCAGGCUAUGUGGAUUUCGUCCUACGAAGCCCACUCCAUCGUCACAUUGUGACGGACGGAUACUAGCAAAAAUAUUGAUACUAAAGACAAGGGACAGUACCGUGAACUGACGUUUCGGAUAAUCAGCGUUUGGAGAAUUGACGCCCAUCUGUCAUUAAAAAUAGUGGCACACAAUAAUGCGAAUCCCCGUUAGUGGAGAAGGGUUUAAAAGACAGACCUGUCAACAAACAGGCAAAUGUUGGCAUCUUCCGAAUUCUAUGGUAACAUCGUGGGCAAGGGUGCUGGCUAUCACCACCAGAGGUGCUGGCUAUCACCACCAGAGGUGCUGGCUGUCACCGCCAGAGGCGCUGGCUGUCACCGCCAGAGGCGCUGGCUGUCACCACCAGAGGCGCUGGCUAUCACCACCAGAGGUGCUGGCUAUCACCAUCAGAGGUUCUGGCUAUCACGGUGAUAUCAUAGAUUUAAAAACAUAAAAAUCCAUUAUAUAUAUAUAUAUAUAUAUAUAUCUUUCUUGUCGUACAGCACACGAGAGACCACAUUUAUAUGUCCCUUGGUAUCCCACUAACACAACGACUAAUAAACAUUUAUGACAAAACAACAACUUUCAUCAAAGAAAUUAAUCUGUCCCUUAGAUUUGGCACAUGACGUCACUGCCAGGAGGCUGGCUCUCGACAGAGGUCAAAGUUUACAAAAACUACAACGACCUGCGGCAAUCCAUGACGACCGAGGUGGGCGGCGAAGGCUCCAUCUGGAGAUUCGCCUUCUCCGCGAGCCACUCCUACAAGAAAAUGCAGAACAUCAUAGCCAACACUUCCCGGUACAUCUCCGAGGCAUCGUCGUUCGAGUCGGCGACGCGCGCCGACGCCACCCCUUCGUGGAUUCUCGGCUUGGAUCGGUUUUCCCAAAUCUUCAUCGACCGCAUGAUCACGGGGAGUUUCGAGGCCGACCCGAGAGCUUACAACAGAUUCAUCCACGAGUUCGGCAGUCAUUAUUUCUCGACGGCGAAUUUCGGCGGGUAUGUUAAAGUUGUGUCCGAGACGGACAGCGAAUACUUCUACACGAAAUCAGACGCCCAGGCCAAAACCAACGCCAAGGCGUCUUUCCUUAAGGUCAUUUCCUUUCACGGGGGCCACGUGUCGGGCUCGACAUCCGUCGACAAAAGCUUUUCAAGCGCGACCACCCAGUCGAUCCGUUACUACGGCGGGGACACUAACCUCUUGACGAAUAACGGAAUCCAGCAGUGGCAGCCGACCGUGGAUAAGGACCCGUGGUUAUUUUCAGGAGAGCUGAAGCCGAUCAGUGACCUCAUUUCGGACGAGACGAAGAGAAUUUCUAUGGUGAAAGCCGUGGACAAUUACGUCAUGAAGACUUAUCUGGACGAGGUGGAGAGGCUGAUCAAUACGGCCAGGGGCAGAUCCGAUGAUGCGGUGCUCGGCGCCCUUCAGGCAAGAAUUACGGCGAUGAAGAACGAGACCAUCCUCGUGAAGGCCAAGUUCGACGCCUUGAGCAAUGACGUGGAGACGGAGCUGAUUGUCCCCGUCUGGUUUACGUCCAACACGAAUCUCUGCUACCAGUGGAGGUCCGACGGUGAAUCCAGGCAGUGCGGUGACGGAGAGCCGAACCUGCUCUGCGCCAAACCGAACACCAUGACUCCCGUCUACAGGGACAACACGGACGACAGGCGCGGCGGGUGCCGGAUGCAGUGGGGGAUUCAGUCCAUGGGGUUCCCUUCGUGGUUCAGGCAGGUCAGGGUGUGCUACCAGUGGUACUCUGAGGGCGGCGGUUCGGGGCAGUGCGGUGGGGGCGCCGCGAAUCUCCUGUGCGGCGGGGUGAACGAGUUCUCGGCGGAGUACAAGGACGACACGGACCGAAGGAGAGGGGGCUGCAAGAUGUCGUGGAUGAUUGAAGUGCCAAGCUCCGCCCCUCUCUGGCUGAGGACUGCCAAGAUGUGCUUCUCGUGGUACCCGGAUGGAGACGGUGGUCAGUGUGGCCCCGCAUCGUCCCGCAAUCUGUGCGCGGUUGCCAACCAGUGGACCGAUUAUUACUUCGACAACACGGAUGGACGAUCUGGUGGCUGCAGGAUGAGUUGGGGAAUAAAAUCAAACUUUUAA